AUGGAGCCUUGGAAGCUCACAGCUGCCGAAGCUCUUACUCAGAUCCAAGCCGACAAGCUCUCGGUCCAGGAGUAUGCAAAAUCGCUUCUCGAGAGAGUCAAUGAGCGCGACAAAGAUGUUCAAGCUUGGGCGUAUCUGGAGGAGGAGACCAUAAUGCAGCAAGCAAAAAGUCUAGACGAGGUUCCCAAGAAGAACAGAGGGCCUCUUCACGGACUUCCCAUCGCUGUUAAGGACGUCAUCUAUACCAGGGACAUGCCGACUCAGUUCAACUCGCCAUUGUAUGAGGGACACUUCCCUGAAACUGACGCUGCUUCCAUUCGAAUUCUUCGCCAUGCUGGAGCUCUCAUCUUUGGUAUGUACUCUCUCAUCAUCCUGCUGCCUCAGACUGACACUUCAGGCAAAACAACAACUACACAGUUUGCUGCUAUUCACAUUGGGCCCAAGACUCACAAUCCCCACGACCUUCUUCGCACCCCUGGAGGUUCUUCCAGUGGCUCCGGGGCAGCCGUUGCCGACUUUCAAGUUCCCAUAGCCCUUGGAACACAGACAGGCGGCUCUCUGAUCCGUCCAGCUUCCUUCAACGGUAUAUAUGGGUUCAAGCCAACGUGGAAUGCCGUCUCUCGAGAGGGCCAGAAGAUCUAUGCACUAUUAUAUGACACUCUUGGAUGGUAUGGGCGCUGUGUCGAAGAUAUUAUUCUCUUGGCAGAUGUGUUUGCCCUCGAAGAUGACGAAGAGGAAGCACCUCGAUUCCAGGGGGUCGAGGGUGCCCGUUUCGCCAUUUGCAAGACUGUUGUGUGGCCCAUGGCUGGACCUGGUACACAAGAGGCCAUCUCACGAGCCGCAGAUCUUCUCAGAUCCCACGGGGCCAUCGUGGAAGACAUUGAACUGCCCUCAGAAUUUGAUAAUCUGCCAGAGUGGUAUCGGAUUGGCCUUCAUACUGAAGGUCGUACUGCAUUUCUCCCUGAAUAUCGAGUUGGGAAGAACCAGAUUGGACAGGUGCUUAUUGAGCAUGUCGAGAACGCCGAUAAAUUUACUCGCAAAACACAACUGGAGGCUUUCGAUAACAUGGCCCGUUUGAGGCCAGUGUUCGAUGAGAUUGCCUCGCAAUAUGCAGCUGUCAUCACCCCGAGUGUGCCCGACGAGGCCACUGUCGGUCUUGAGAGUACAGGAAGCCACAUCUUUUGUUCUAUGUGGAGUGGUCUGCAUACUCCUGUAUUGAAUGUGCCCGGCUUCAAAGGUGACAACGACAUGCCGAUUGGCCUGUCCCUUGUUGCACCUCGAUAUCGUGACCGUCACCUUCUGGAAGUUGGCAAAGCAGUUGGAGAAAUAUUCCAGGUUGAAGGAGGCUGGGAGACGAAGCUGCCUUGA